AUGGCCUCUCCAGAAUUCGCAGCAGCUCUGGAGUCGGUUGCAGAUAGUUCCUCCGGCGUCAAGACCCGAACGUACAAUGACCUACUCUCUCAACUUAGCAACCAUCCACCCGCUUCCCCUCAACAGCAUGCCGCAGAGCUCAUUGCCUACGUCGAUGCGAUCCUCUCCUCAUCACUGGGUAUUAUCACCGUCCGGCCGCUCCUGGCCAGCGUCAUCAAAUCUCUCGGUUCCGCUCCCUCGGAAGUCAAAGUUAAGGUAGGCUCACAUAUCGCCGAAGCAUUACAUUCCCAAUUAGCUUCGUACGAGGAGCAGGAUGCGGAGGUCAGACAGAUACUAGCAGACGGUUUCGAAGUGGAGGAGGAGUACACUGCGGCCGCAAAGGCGCUACAAGGUAUUCACCUCGACACAACCCAGCGCCAAGUGUCGGAUCGGUCGAAGGUCGAGACGUGGAUUCGGAUCGUGAGAUACUACUUGGAAGAUGACGACACUGUUGCAGCGGAGACAGCGUUGAACAAGAUUAAAAAUUCCGCCCCGGCGGCCCAAGUCUUGAAGGAGGCACCUGAUUUGAGGUUGCACUAUCAGUUGUCCCAGGCCCGGAUUCUGGACUCUCGCCGAGACUUUCUGACCGCCUCUGCGGAAUAUCUAAAUGUGUCCUUCAAUUCCAUGAUUGAUGACGAAGAGCGCCGACGAGCAUUAUCCGCUGCCAUCAAGACGGCGAUUCUUGCUCCAGCUGGUCCGCAGCGAAGUCGUAUGCUCGCUAAGUUGUACAAGGAUGAGAGGUCGCCCGAGACAGAGGAAUAUGGGAUCCUGGAGAACAUGUUCCUGGACCGGUUGCUGUCACCAGCGGAAGUUGAAGCAUUCGCGUCGACAUUGGCACCUCAUCAACUCGCCAAGACGGCAGAUGGCAGUACCGUCCUGAGCAAGGCCGUCAUUGAACACAACCUGCUGGCCGCCAGCCGAUUGUACGAGAACAUAACCACGGCGGCUUUGGGUCAGAUACUGGGUCUUACAGACGGUAAAGACGAAACGGCCGCAGAAAAAGCGGAGGACUAUGCGGCGAGAAUGGUGGAACAGGGUAGACUACGAGGCGAGAUCGACCAGAUUGCAGGCGUUAUUGUGUUUGAGACCAUUCCGGACGUCGAGUUGCAUGGCCCUGUUCGGGAUCUCCGAGCGUGGGAUUACGCUGUCCAAGGGUUGGUGGAAGAUGUGGAACGGUGUGCUGCCGCUCUAGGUGAAAGCUUUCCGGUAAGUGGGUGCGAGUACUGA